UGUAAUGUACCUACAUGUUCAAUUAAAAUUAGUUGUAGAGUGUCAACUUAAUGAAGUUAGCUAGGAAUAUAUCAAAAGGUGACUGAAAAUGGCGUCGUGUCAACUGGACAGGUGGACAAAUAUUCACACAACUCCGGGUCCAGGGAGCGGAGAGUUGCUGAACACUGUGGAUCAGAGUCGCUUUGGGGGGGAAGGACUAUAGCGAGCUUCCCAUCCAGCUGUCCGGAGCCGGGAACCAUCUGAUCCGAGAAGGUGUGUCCUCCUGUCCGCUGCGUCCAUCAUGCGGUUCUCAGUCAGACUGAGCGUCUGCGUGCUGGGCUUCGUCCUCGUCUCCCUGUUCCCUCAGCCAGCACGGGGUCAAGUUUCAACGCCACGGAGGUUUCGUGCCAAAGUCCUGAGCCCCACCGAGCUGCAUGUGUCCUGGAAAGAGCCCAAAGGACAGUUUGACAGCUACAAAGUGGUCUACACCACCCGGCCAGGUGCAGAGAAGAAAGAGUUUCAGGUGUCGAAGCAGGAAGCAAAGCUGCUCAUCCAGGACUUCGACCCCUCCAAAGAAUACAACUUUAAGAUCAUGGCUGUCGGUGGAGGACAGCAGAGCAAACCUCUGCAUGCCAAACAUGAAGCUCAGUCAGGCGUCGAGAUGGUCCAGUCUCAGAGGAGACCAGACGGCCGAGUCGCCGAGGAGAACAACGAGAUCUCAGAAGAUGAAGAGAUGUUUUCGUGUACGACUCAGGCCAUAUCCGACAUCGUUAUUCUGGUGGACGGCUCCUGGAGCAUCGGCCGCAUCAACUUCAGACUCGUCCGGACUUUCCUGGAGAACCUGGUCAAGGCUUUCUCUGUAGAGUUCGACAAAACCAGGAUCGGCCUGGCUCAGUACAGCGGAGACCCCCGGAUCGAGUGGCAUCUCAACGCUCACACCACCAAGGAGGCGGUGAUGGAGGCUGUGAAGAACCUUCCGUAUAAAGGAGGAAACACACUGACGGGUCUGGCUCUGACCUUCAUCCUGGAGAACAGUUUCAAACCGGAGUCUGGAGCCAGGCCCGGCGUUCCCAAGAUAGGGAUCCUCAUCACUGACGGGAAGUCCCAGGACGACGUGAUACCCCCCGCUCGGAGCCUGAGGGAUGCUGGGAUAGAACUGUUCGCCAUCGGUACGCCACACCUACACUUUCCUCUGUCAGCUCCCAGGAACCUGCGGCUGUCGGAGGAAUGGUACAACCGCUUCAGGAUCAGCUGGGACGUUCCACCGUCGCCCACCAUGGGCUACAGGGUCGUCUACCAGCCCUUAUCUGCUCCCGGCCCCGCUCUGGAGACCUUCGUGGGCGAGGACGUGAACACCAUGCUGAUCGUCAACCUGCUGAGCGGGACCGAGUACAGCGUCAAAGUCAUCGCCUCCUACACCACCGGGUCCAGCGAGGCCCUGUCAGGGAGGGCCAAGACCUUGGCCCUGCCGAUGGUGAACGACCUGGAGUUGUUUGAUAUCACCCACAGCACCAUGAGGGUGCGCUGGAAGACGGCCGCCGGGGCUUCUGGGUACAUGAUCCUGUACGCCCCGCUGACGGAGGGAGACCCCGCAGACGAGAAGGAGGUACCGCUGACCCCGGCGAGGAACCUGCGUUUCUCCGACGUGGACCACAGCUCCGCCAGGCUCAGGUGGGACUCUUCCUCCAGGAAGGCCAAAGGCUACCGCAUCAUGUACGUCAAGACCAAUGGAGUCCAGACCAAUGAGAUGGCAGCGAGGAGGACUUCGUACUCCGUGACGGGGCUCAGUCCUUUUAUCAGACUACACCACUGCUGCAGUGUGAUUGUUUUCACUCUCUCUGAUCCUCCAGCUCCUCGUUUUGGGGUGAGGAACAUGAGGAUCGAUGACGAAACCACCUACAGCAUGCGGGUGGCCUGGCAGCCCGGGGACUCCAGGAACGUCCGACAUUAUCGGCUGAGCUACAUCAGCGCCAAGGGGGACCGGGCAGAGGAGCAGAGGACGGUGCCCACCAAUCAGAACAGUCUGAUUCUGCAGCCGUUGCUGUCGGAUACGGAGUACAAGGUCUCCAUCACCCCUGUUUACCCCGAUGGAGACGGACCCACAGCCGCGCGGAUGGGACGGACCCCGACACCCGGGAGCUCCCUGAGGAACCCCAGGGCCGCUGCCCGUUUACGUGCCGUCAACGGCGGCCAUGUUGUAGCCGGAGGCCUGCGGGUGAGGAAUAACGGCCAUUACUGCCUUCCUACGGGCGGACGGCGGCUGUUACCGAUCCCGACCCCGGCACCCACCAAGCCCCCCACCACCACGCCGCUACCCACAAUCCCCCCUGCCAAGGAAGUGUGUAAAGCAGCCAAAGCCGACCUGGUCUUCCUGGUCGACGGCUCCUGGAGUAUCGGGGACGACAAUUUCCUGAAGAUCAUCCGCUUCCUGUACAGCACCAGCGGAGCUCUGGACCGGAUCGGCCCAGCCGGCACACAGGUCGCCAUCGCACAGUUCAGCGACGACGCCCGUACUGAGUUCAAGCUGAACUCGUACGCAGACAAGGAGCGUCUGCUCGACGCCAUCAACAAGAUCUCCUACAAGGGAGGAAACACCAAGACGGGUCGCGCCAUCCAGCACGUGAAGGAGAACAUCUUCACGGCCGAGGGGGGGAUGAGGCGGGGGGUCCCCAACGUCCUCGUGGUCCUCACCGACGGCCGCUCGCAGGACGACGUCAACAAGGUCUCCAAGGAGAUGCAGAUGGAAGGCUACAUCGUGUUUGCGAUCGGCUUCGCAGACGCGGACUACGGCGAGCUGGUGAGCAUCGCCAGUAAACCCAGCGACCGCCACGUCUUCUUCGUGGACGACCUGGACGCCUUCGCCAAGAUCGAGGAGAAGCUGGUGACCUUCGUGUGCGAGGCCGCCACCGCCACGUGUCCGUCCGUGCCGAUGAGCGGCAGCACGACACCAGGUUUCCGUAUGAUGGAGCUGUUCGGGCUGGUGGAGAACCGCUACGGCAGCGUCUCCGGGGUUUCCAUGGUACCCGGCACCUUCAACACCUUCCCCUGUUUCCACCUGCACAGCAACGCUCUAAUGGCCCAGCCGACCAGGUACAUCCACCCUGAGGGGCUGCCGUCGGACUACACCAUCACGCUGCUGUUCCGGCUGCUGCCCGACACCCCCGAGGAGCCCUUCGCCCUCUGGGAGGUCCUCAACAAGGACAACGAGCCGCUGGUGGGAGUCAUCCUGGACAACGGGGGAAAGACGCUGACGUUCUUCAACAACGACUACAAAGGAGAGUUCCAGACGGUCACGUUCGAAGGUCCAGAAAUCAAAAAGCUCUUCUACGGCAGCUUCCACAAGCUUCAUCUUGCGAUCAGCAAGACGAGCGCCAAGGUGGUGAUCGACUGCAAGACGGUGGCCGAGAAAACGAUCAACGCCGCGGGGAACAUCACCGUCGACGGGACGGAGGUUCUGGGCCGGAUGGUCCGCUCCAGAGGGAACAAGGAGAACUCUGCACCGUUCCAGCUUCAGGUCUUCGACAUCGUCUGCAGCACUUCGUGGGCCAGCAGAGACAAGUGCUGCGAACUUCCUGGUCUGAGGAAGGAGGCAGACUGCCCAGCCAUGCCCAAAGCCUGCACCUGCACCCAGGACAGCAAAGGCCCCGCCGGCCCCGCUGGACCACCGGGAGGCCCGGGAAUCCGAGGAGCCAGAGGGGAUCGCGGAGAGCCGGGUCCGGUGGGGCCAACUGGUCCAGUAGGUGAUACAGGUGUAGCUGGGCCCCAGGGACCCCAAGGACCACAAGGACCCAGCGGCCGCUCCAUCAUAGGACCCCCGGGUUCUCCAGGAGAGAGAGGACAGAAAGGUGAAGCGGGACAACAAGGAACACAGGGAAUCGCCGGCCGAGCUGGAGCUCCCGGCAGAGACGGCCCCGCAGGACCCAGAGGCUUGACGGGUAAAGACGGUCCACCAGGCAGACCGGGUCCCUCAGGGACCAUGGGGACGCCAGGAGCCCCCGGGGCCCCGGGUCACACGGGUCCUUCAGGAAAACAGGGAGAACUAGGACCCCCGGGUCCUCAUGGAGGAGGGGCCCAAAAGAUGCUGAAGAGCUGUGGAUCCGAGGGGGGGGGGGGGGGGGGGACCCCAGGGACCCCAGGGACCCCAUAG